AUGCCUUUCCGACCCCAACAUUCGUUAGUCAUGAUUGACGUCGACAAGAUGCAUACUAUCGACACUCGUUCCGUUGAGGACCUCUUUGGAAUGUGGUCAGACGCAAUGGAGGAUGGCAAGCGAUUAGAAAAUCUCAGCUGGCGUCUAUGGAACCGCGAGACGUUUGUGUGUUCCCGCAUGCCGCGCGCGCGGAAAAGCAUUCCUCUACCCGCCCUUUCGAGCAGCGUGUCGUCGUCGGACGAGUCGGACGAAGAAGACGUGUCGUCACUGCUGCCUUCUCCCGUUGUUAGACCCGAGUUGAGAAGGAGCGAGUCCUCGGAGCACCGCAGCCGAGGCCGCCAGCAAAACCACAUUACGCCCAUCGACCUCGAGAAGAUGGUCAUCUCCAUCAAGGAAAAGAAGAGCCUCGAACCGCUAUCCGCAUUAUCUAUGCCUUCGCCUGCCAUGCCGAGCCCGCCGCCUUCCGACGACCGCCAAAGUCAAACUUCUACCGCCACGAAACACACCACAUCUGUAUCGGCACUUGCACCUGCGCCCACACCUGCACCUGCACCUGCAUUAGUCUCCGAAAAACCUGUCGCCACUCCUAUCCCUACUAUCGCCGCGCCUACCCAUCUGGAAUCGUCUACCUCUACCGUCAGCAGCAACGACUCCCAGGCUAUCGCAUCGUCCUCCGAAAGUUCGUCCACCGAGAUGAGCACCCACAACAUUGUACGAGGCUUCAGACCCGAGGUACCUUCGUCCUACCGCUCGCAAACAAACCUCGCCGCAACCCAACCGACGCCUAUUCUCAAGACCUCGCCUCAAUAUCGCCCCGAUCGCCUCAAUCGCCCCAAGAAGGGCGCGACCUUCACCCUCGGCGCCUCUUCCGGUGAAGAAGAGAGCUCACUCGACAGCCACAUGGGACGCAACAGUGUCGGCUCCUUGUCGACUGGUAUGCCACAACCGCCAAAGAAGCACGCAUCCUUUAGAGAUAUUAUCCAAGACAGAGCCAUCACCGACAGCCCUGUGUUCGAGGAGUCUGACGAUGAGGAUGACGACGAUGCUUUCGAGAGUGUCAUUGAGGAGGACGAAGACUCGUCUGAUUGGGAGGACGAUGAUGUCGGCGAGAGCGGUAACUCUUCAGCCGAUGAAAACAAGAGCAUGUUCCGUCGGGUGGACUCGCAGCCCAACCUCACCUCACGUCGCUCUAUGCUAACCACUAUGAUGCACGAACCGGAUCGCGCUCGCGCCAUGGCAAGCGCUGCGUCGCGUUCUACCCCUGCUCUCCGCCGUUCGCGUGGUGCUUCGCCUAACGGACCCUCAGCGACUCCAUCACCACAUCGUCGCGAGGUCGAGCGUGCUGGUCCGGAUUACACCACGCACCCUUCGCAACUCUCCCAACAAGCCUCAGAGGCCUCAGAGUCUUCGCAACCACGGCCUAUAAUUAUGACCACCUCAAACACCCAUCAACCUGCUCUUUCACCACGAACCACCAGACGAAACAUGCUCUCCACCGAAUUGACGGAGUCGCUGCGCAAGAACCUCCUCUGGGAACGCCAACACAAGAGCUCCAACAACCUAGCCGCCAUGAAGCGCAGACACACCUCUCACGACAUUAAGAAUCUCAAACAGCACCCAGAGCCACAAAUGGUCAUGUCGGUCAAGGAGAACGAUAAGAAGAAGUUCUCAAACGAAUACUUCAACCAGGGACUCCAGGAGUACCAUGCCAAAGGCUGGUGA